AUGUCAGCAGAGAGAAACUAUCGUAUGACUCAAAAAGUAGUAGCUUAUCAAGUGCAAAACGAACCAUUGCCAAAGACAUCAAAGACAUUCACUUGA